CUCACAUUCACCUAACACAUACACCACAGCUCAGAGCAUAGAAUCACACAGCAGCAGCCGAAAGGCCGAGGAACUAGGAAUGAAGGGAAGCAAGGUCCACGAGCACGAGGCCGACGUCCCUGCCUCCGAGCUGUGGGCGAUCUAUGGCACGCUCCGCGCCGCGGAGCUCCUGCCGGAGCUGCUCCCACACGUGCUCGCCAAGGUCGAGCUCCUCAGCGGCGACGGCGGUGUUGGUACCAUCUUGCAGCUAACAUUUCCUCCUGGGAUUCCUGGGCUGCAGAGUUACAAGGAGAAGUUCAUCAAAGUUGACAACGAAAACUUUAUCAAGGAGGCAGAAACCAUUGAUGGCGACAUUCUGAAGCUGGGGUUCCUGGCCUACAUGAUACGGUUUGAGGUCAUUUCAAAAGGGCCCAACUCGUCGGUGAUAAGGUCGACUAUCGAGUAUGAGAUUGAUGAUGCACACCCAGAACUUGAAGCUAUGGUCAGCACUGCACCAUUGGCUGAAACUGCUGAGAAAUUUUCCGAGCAUGCUAAGGAGAAGAGUGUCAUCCCCCAAGCAACCUCUUGAAACAAAAAUCUCAAGACUGCAGUUCAAGUCUAUAUAUCAUGAGAGACAAAUGAACUAGAGUUUCAGAGCUUCUGUGUUGUGUUUCAAAUAUACUCCCUCUAUAUAAAAUUAUAAGACGUUUUGACUUUUUA